CUCCCCCUCCCGCACAUGCGCGCUGAGGAACCCUGCGCAGGCGGGGCCGGUCCCGGAAGUGAUCCCUGGGGGCGGCACCGGAAGUGACGUGCCCCCGGGGUGGUGAGUGUGGGUAGUGUCCGGGCACCCGUGGGAGAGGGUAAGGGGACAGGCGUGGGACCGAGCGCGCCCUCGAGUCCCUGGCCCGGGCUUCCUGCUUCCCUUUAGCCGCGUGGGCGAGCUCCGGCAGGCCGGAGACGCCCUCUGGCUGAGGUCCUCGCGGUGUUCUAUACUUGCGGUGGCGCGGUCGCACAGAACAGUGUGAGCGUGAACACGCGUGUAAACAGUUCUGCAGAAGCAGCGUCCUGCUCUGAGGGCAGCUCGGGGCAGGCUGGACCUCUCAGACUCGUCCUGCUCGCAGGCCUGUCCGGAGGGGCUUCCUUCUGUCGAGGACCCUUCUCGAGACACGAGCAGAAAGGAGAACACGAUUUUAAAUGAUAGUUCUCAGGCAGAUUUUAGCAGCGGAAACGUGUCCAGAGUUAAGGAACACGACACUGAUUCUUUAAAAAUGACCUUUGCCUUGGUGCCCUGGACGGUGGUCAUGUGUGUGUCCCGCAUUUAAAGAACACUGCUGUGAAUCACUGGUGCAGUGAGGAUACUACGUGAAGUAGGCAAGUGACAGCCUCUCUUGAGUCUCAGCCUCCACUGCUUUAAAAUGGGCGUGCAAAAUGUAGGGGUCCGAAAUCCUGGCACCGUCUCUUGAGACAAUUUAAGGAGGAUGUAAAGGCCCCCAUUUGAAGGGGAGCAUUCAGGGAAACAGCAGAGUUGGUGUUUUUAUCUGGAGCUGGUGACAGUGGCAUUGCUUCUGCUCCUGGACACUCGCAGGGUAAGGAGAAGGACCAGGACAGAGGAGUGUAGACAUGGCCUCCUUGGCUGGUGGUGCAGCCUUCAGUUGGUAUCCAGCUCUUCUGCUACUCCAUCCAGUCUCUGCCCAACAGCAAGGCAACUGAGGGUGGUCCUGCAGGGUAUUCUCUUGAAACAGAGCAGGGUGGGAAAGGAGUCUCGAAAAGCAAAUGGGAAAAAUCCAGUAUGAGGUGUUACCCCUCAUAGGGUUGUAAGAAACAAAUGGGUUUGUUUUGGGGGUUUUUUUUGGCCUCAAGACUUAUGGGCUCUCAGUUCCCUGGCCACAGAGUGAACCUAGGCUUCUGGCAGUGAGAGCCCAGAAUUCUAACCACCAGGGAACUCCUUCCAAGUGGCAUAUGGGCUAAGAGGGCCUGACUCAGGUGGAAAGUGGUGAGUGAGAUGAGAACUUCUUUCGUGGGCUCAUUUAUUUCAGAAACCUACAUCAGGAUUUUUCUGGCCCAGGCACCCACACUUCUUUAGUUUUGAUUUCAUGUUCAGGUUUAAACCAGAUGUCUUAUUUUACCAGUUUGCCUUUUGUUAAGGAGUCAUGAUACCUUCAAGGCUUUUCUCAGCGAGACCCCAAGCGGUGUUGGAAGGUGUGGGGUUCUGGAUGCUAGCAGCCCGCGUGGUCCCUGGGCCCAGCUGCCGCCUUCUGCUGCGCACUUCUCCCAGGCUGCUGUCAGUCAGCUGUGCGGACUGCACCAAGCACCAGGAACCCCCCAGGAAGCAGCCACUCUCGGAGAAAAAACUGAAACGGCAUUUUGUGGAUCAUCGCCGAGUGCUCGUCCGAGGGGGACACGGAGGCAAUGGGGUGAGCUGCUUUCACAGUGAACCCCGGAAGGAGUUUGGAGGCCCUGAUGGUGGUGAUGGAGGCAACGGGGGCCAUGUCAUUCUGAGAGUUGACCAGCAGGUCAAGUCUCUGUCCUCUGUCCUGUCGCGGUACCAGGGGUUUGACGGCGAGGACGGCGGCAGGAAGAACUGCUUUGGGCGGAAUGGCGCUGUCCUCUACAUUCGGGUCCCCGUGGGCACUUUGGUGAAGGAGGGAAAUGAAGUCCUGGCUGACCUCUCGCACCCAGGAGAUGAGUUCAUUGCAGCAGUGGGCGGGACAGGGGGAAAGGGUAACCGCUUCUUCCUGGCUAACGACAACCGUGCGCCCACGACUUGCACCCCCGGACAGCCAGGCCAGGAGCGCAUCCUCUUUCUGGAGCUCAAGACGGUGGCGCACGCUGGACUGGUUGGAUUCCCCAAUGCAGGGAAGUCCUCGCUUCUCCGGGCCAUUUCAAAUGCAAGGCCUGCUGUGGCCUCCUACCCAUUCACGACCCUGAACCCCCACGUGGGGAUUGUUCACUACGAGGACCACCAGCAGAUAGCAGUGGCUGACAUCCCCGGCAUCAUCCGGGGUGCCCACCAAAACCGGGGCCUGGGCCUGGCCUUCCUCAGGCACAUCGAGCGCUGCCCCUUCCUCCUGUUCCUGGUGGACCUCUCAGUGCCAGAGCCCUGGACACAGCUGGACGACCUGAAGUAUGAGCUGGAGCAAUACGAUGAAGGCCUGUCCAAGAGACCCUACACCGUCGUGGCAAACAAGAUCGACCUCCCGCAGGCCAGGGCCCGGCUGCCCCAGCUGCAGGCCCGCCUGGGCCAGGAGGCCAUCGCGCCAGCCGCUGCGGUGGUAGCAGAGGAGGCAGCACCUGGCAGGCCAGCUGCGACUGGAGAUGAGGAAGGAGCCCCAGGGAAUUGGGAGGCCUUGGUGCAGGGGCCUUCCUGCCAACCCGGGACUCCCAGCCAACACAGCCCCUGCCCUGGGACAGGACCCCUUGGGCAGCGGACGCUCCUGCCCCCGCCAGUCUGUCCCCAGUGCUUGCACGCCUGCCUGCGUGUGAGUGACGUGCUGCAGUGGGCUCAUCUGUGUUAAUCGGCCCCUAAUUAUUAAUAGUAGGGACUACAUGCUGGCUGACGUCACCAAUGGGCACGUGGACAGGAGCCCGCAUCAGCAGCGCUGACUCGCAGGUGGUGGCAGCUGAGGCAGAGGUGGGCCUCUGAUGCCACAGCUGUUGACACCUUUCACAGGGAUGCUCCGUCUGCUGCAUGAGGCAGGGGGCGAGGAAGCUUUGAAGCAGGUGCCCAGCUGUGAAGAAACGGAAUCAGUGAGGGUGACGUCCGCCCUGUCAUCCCAGACAGUGGUGUGCUCUGUGGAAGCUGAGCUUCACGACUGAAUGCUCUCAAUAUCCGACCUGGGCCUCACGGUGGGUUAUUAACUGCGGGCUGCGGGCAGGGUGUCGGCAGCCUGAGCCCCAGGGUGGUCAGGGACAGAUCUGUGUUUCUAGGUGUCACUGGGAGUUGUACCCACACCUCAGGGUCCUCCAACUACAGAUACCCUAAUGAAGACAAGCCCAUGUAUCAAGCAAAGUGGUCUUAAACUUCUGUUUCCCCCAGCUAAAGGGGGGAAACAGUCUGAUGCCCCUGACGUGUCCCUGAGGGGUGAAGGAGGGCAGGGGAACAGGCUCUCUGGGAGUUGGCCUCAGGGUCUCAAGGCAUCUGAGCCUCUGGAUCACUCAGACCCGCGUUGUUUCUGCAUGAUGGGGGCUGGGCAGACCUCAAACAAUAAGCCAGCGCCUCAGCUUUCAGGAGCAAUUCCGUUUUGAUCUAACAUCAAAUCUGCAACAAGAACAAGAGUUCUUUACCCGAAGCUUUA